CUGCCCUGUUCGAGCCUCUCUCUCCUUUUCUCCCUCCAGGCCUCUAUGGCAAAGAUGGCAUCCUGCCCGCCCGGAAGAUGCUCCGCUUCACGGGCAAAGGCUUCUGGGAGCAGCUGCGGGACUCCCCGACGCUGCUGUGGCUGGGCCCCCACCUGGGGCUGGACACGGAGCAGGGCCUGGAGCUGCUGUGCCUGAUGGGCACGCUGCUCUCCUUCGGGGCCCUGCUGCUGGAGCCCCUGCGGGACAGCCUGGUCUUCCUCGCCCUCUGGGGCCUCUACCUCUCGGUCUACCAGGUGGGACAGGUGUUCCUCUACUUCCAGUGGGACAGCCUUUUGCUGGAGACGGGCUUCCUGGCCGUGCUGGUGGCCCCCCUGCACCUGCUCCGGGGUCCCUCCUCCGCCUGGAGGGCACAUGACGGGGUGACCUUCUGGCUGGUGCGAUGGCUGCUCUUCCGGCUGAUGUUCGCCUCCGGGGUGGUGAAGCUGACCAGCCGCUGCCCCACCUGGUGGGGGCUCACAGCCUUGACCUAUCACUACGAGACCCAGUGCAUCCCCACGCCCAGCGCCUGGUUUGCCCACCAGAUGCCCAUCUGGUUCCACAAACUGAGCGUGGUGGCCACCUACGUCAUCGAGAUCGCCAUCCCACCUCUCUUCUUCGUGCCGCUGCAGCGCCUUCGCCUCUUCGCCUUCUACGCCCAGGUCCUUCUGCAAGCCCUCAUCAUCCUCACCGGCAACUACAAUUUUUUCAACCUGCUGACGGUGGUGCUGAGCUUCUCCCUGCUGGACGACGAGCACGUGGGGCUGUGGCUGGGCCACGGGCGGAAGAAAGCCAGUGGCGGCUGGGCCUGGCGAUUGGGCCCCUUGCUGGCAGAGCUGGCAGUCUACGGCCUCCUGGUCUUCUGGACCAGCCGUUACUUCGGGCUGAGCAUCAACUGGGAGAAGAAACACCUCGAAUCCAAGACAG